AUGCUGCCGUACCUGUUCCCUAACUUAGCCGCUUUUGCCAUAGAGCCUCUCGUGGUGACCCUCGUGCCCCUUUCUUUGAGGGGUGCUCCCCCGUCCCCCUUGCCUUUGCCCUCUGUUGCCUCUGCUGCUGCUGUCGACCUCGUUAGCACCGAGUCGGCCGGCGCUGCGUCUGCUCCUAGUGGGAGGCGCCGUAGCGGCAGGAGCAAGGGGGGAGAGGGUGCUGGAGGGGAUGGCGGGGGCGGCGGUGGUGGCGGUGGAGGCGGCGGAGGGGGUGGGGGUGGAGGUGGGGGUGGUAGCGGGAGUGGGGGCUUCAGUGGCGGUGGUGUAGGUGGAGGCGGCGGAGGCAGCGACAGUGGGGGUGGAGGUGGCGGCGGCGGGGGCGGCGGUGGGGGUGGCGGCGGUGGCGGUGGUGCUGGUCGGGGUGGCGCUGUGCAGCGGGGAGGCGUUGGCGGUGGCCAGCGCCAGUCGGGGGUUGCUAUCUUUGAUCUUGACUAUGAUGCUAUCCUUGCUGCCAUGUAUGCUUUGACUAUUAGUGCUGAGGGUGACUGUUACCUGUGUGUUCCGCCCGACCCGGGCAUUGAGGCUGCUGCUCUAGGUGCUAGUGAGUCUGCUGCUCCAGGUGCUGGUGAGGCUGCUCUCUCAGGUACUGCGUCGGCUCAGGUCUUGCACACUUUCACCCUUGACUCGGGUGCUUCCCGCUCCUUCUUUCGCGACUGCACCACACUCUCGCCGCUCAGUCGGCCGGUGGCAGUCUCCCUGGCUGACCCCUCUGGGGGUCCGGUCCUUGCCCACUACUCCACGGUUCUGCCGUGUCCGGCAGUCCCGUCUGGCUCUUUGUCAGGCCUCCACCUCCCCUCGUUCUCUACGAACUUGGUGAGUGGAGCUGACCUUCAGGACGCAUGGGUUGACCAGUUCACUCCUGGAGGUCAGCGGGUGACCCACUGUUCGUGUACACGGACGGGCCGUCACCUGGCCACGUUCACCCGUCAGCCUGGGUCGAGCCUGUACACCCUAACUACUGUGUCUCCUCCGGUUGCUGAGUCUGGUCAGGUUGCCGCGUCGGGUCAGGUGUUUGCUGCAGCGUCUCGGUCUGGUCCUGAGUCUGCCCCCUGCUCGUGUCGCCUCCUGUCUCACCAGACUCUCCUCUGGCACCACCGCCUUGGUCACCCCUCCCUGCCUCGUCUCCGAGGCAUGGCAACAAGGGCCCUUGUCACUGGUCUUCCCCGGUCGCUCCCUCCCCUCCCCCCGGGGCCUGCCCCUACCUGCGUUCCUUGCGUCGAGGGGCGGCAGCGCGCCGCUCCUCACUCCUCCGAGUUUCCUCCGACAGAGGCUCCGCUGCAGACUCUUCACAUGGACGUGUGGGGCCCAGCCCGCGUCCGUGGACAGGGUCACGAGCGCUACUUUCUGCUGGUUGUUGACGACUACUCGCGUUACACCACAGUCUUCCCCUUGCGCCGCAAGGGUGAGGUCACUGAGGUGCUGAUCGACUGGAUCCGUGCUGCUCGUCGUCAGCUCAGUGAGAGUUUCGGCUCGGACCUUCCUGUUCUGCGUCUGCACUCCGACAGAGGUGGAGAGCUUUCCUCCGACCUUCAGCGAGCCUUCUGUGCGGAGCACGGCAUCCGCCAGUCAUUCACGCUUCCGGCCUCUCCACAGCAAAAUGGGAUUGCUGAGCGCCGCAUUGGCAUGGUCAUGGACGUCGCUCGUACGUCCAUGAUUCAUGCGGCUGCUCCCCAUUUUCUGUGGCCAUUCGCGGUUCAGUACGCUGCGCAUCAGCUCAACCUCCAGCCCCGAGUCUCCAUGCCGGAGACCACACCUACUCUACGGUGGACGGAGAAGGUUGGCGAUGUGUCUGCGUUCCGUGUCUUGGGAUCUCGAGCUUUCGUCCGCGACUUGUCUGCGGACAAGCUGUCCUCCCGUGCUGUUCCCUGCGUCUUCCUUGGCUUCCCCCCUGACGCGCCUGGUUGGCAGUUUUACCACCCCACCUCGCGCCGUGUUCUGUCCUCUCAGGACGUCACGUUUGACGAGUCGGUUCCUUACUACCGUCUCUUCCCCUACCGUGCUGCCCCCCUACCCCCCCCGCCGCUCUUCCUUACGCCAGGUCCCCCCCCGGUAGACCCCCUCCCCCCUCAGGGUCCUGCCCCCUCAGGUGUGUCCCAGGUAGACGCAGUCGAGCCUGUCGAGGUAGCUGUUGACUGUGGUGCUGCUGGGGGUGCUGAGCCUGGGGGUGCCGGGUCUGGGGGUGCUGAGCCUGAGCGUGCGGAGCCUGGGGGUGCUGAGUCUGGGGUGCUGCGUCUGGGGGUGCUGAGUCUGUGGGUGCGGAGCCUGUGGGUGCUGAGCCUGCGCGUGUGGCGUCUGGAGGUGCUGGGCGUGGAGGUCCCUAGGGUGCUUCGUCCCGACGGGAGCCACUCUCUCCACAGCAACUGCGUGAGUGGUUUGCUAGGCGCUGGCGGCGUGCUGCUGGAGCUGGUGGUGCUACGGGCGCUGGCGGUCCUGCUGGGGGUUCUGGAGCCACUGGUCCCGGAGGUGCUCGUACUGGAGGUACUGGAGCUGCUGGGCCAGGUGGUGCUGCUGGAGGUGCUGCUGGUGCUGCUGGAGGUGCUGGAGCUGCUGGUGCUGCUGGAGCUGCUGGAGGUGCUGGAGCUACUGGAGGUGCUGGAGCUGGCGCUACUGAGGCUACUGGGGCUUCUGGUGGUCCUGCUGGAGCUCGAGCUGCUGUGGGUGCUGGAGUUGACGCUACUGGUGCUGCUGGCGUUGGAGCUGAAACUGGGGGUGCUGGUGCUGUCUCUGCUGGUUCUAGAGGCGCUGCGCGGCCGAGGCCAUACUUCGUUCCGCUCCUUCAACACGUUCUUGGUCUCCCACCGUCUACUGGUCUUACUCCUUCCUCAGAGUCUUACAGAGCGACGUGAGCCUGAGUCUCGUCCUGCGUCGCCUGUUCGUGCUGCUCGCACUAGUGGUCGUGGUUCGCGUCAGCGUCCUCCUCCUGUCCCUGGCACGCACCAGAUGGCUCUGCGUCCUUCCUCUGCUCCACAGCGUGUUCCUCUGCCGUCUCCUCCUGCGUCCUCUCUUCCUGCUCUUGCUGACCCGGAGUCUGACUCCCUUCGUGCUGCUAGUCCUACUGUCACGCGUCUCCUGGCCACUAUUGUCACUGACCCUUCCUUUGAGUCCACUGCUGCGUCUGCCUUAGUUGCUGAGCUUGUCGACUUGCACACUGUCACAGCCAUGGACGCAGAGAUGGCUUCCUGGAAGUCCACAUGCACCUACGUCGAUGAGGUUCCCCCACCUGGGGAGAACAUUGUUGAUGGCAUGUGGAUUUUCAGGGUGAAGCGGCCGCCGGGUUCUCCGCCUGUCUUCAAGGCGCGCUACGUGGCUCGAGGCUUCAGUCAGCGACAGGGAGUUGACUACUUUCAGACCUUCUCUCCCACCCCAAAGAUGACCACUCUUCGGAUACUGCUGCAUGUCGCUGCUCAGCGUGACUACGAGCUUCACUCUCUUGACUUCAGCACAGCCUUCCUACAGGGCAGCCUGCACGAGGAGAUCUGGCUGCGCUGCCCACCUGGCUUCACUGGGUCGUUCCCUCCUGGUACCCAGUGGAGCCUCCGGCGGCCAGUCUACGGUCUCCGCCAGGCGCCACGUGAGUGGCACGACACACUGAGGACGACGCUUGCGGCUCUUGGGUUUGCUCCUUCCACUGCUGACCCGUCGCUGUUUCUCCGCACCGACACUUCUCUGCCGCCGUUCUACAUCCUCGUGUACGUCGACGACUUGGUCUUUGCUACUGCUAACACUGCUGGACUGGCCCACGUAAAGUCGGAGCUGCAGAAGAGACACACGUGCACAGACCUGGGUGAGCUGCGCAGCUAUCUUGGCUUGCAGAUCACCCGGGACAGAGCACGCCGCACCAUUACCUUGACUCAGUCACACAUGGUGCAGCAGGUCCUUCAGCGCUUCAACUUCACGUACUCCUCGCCUCAGGCCACUCCUCUGUCUACUCGCCACUCGCUCUCAGCUCUGCCUUCGGAUGAGUCUGUAGAGCCGAGUGGCCCGUACCCAGAGCUUGUGGGUUGCCUCAUGUACUUGAUGACCUGCACUCGACCUGACCUGGCAUACCCUCUUAGCAUCUUGGCACGCUAUGUUGCUCCUGGGAGACACCGACCAGAGCACAUGGAUGCAGCUAAGAGGGUGUUGCGCUACUUGUACAGUACGUCGGGCAUGGGGCUCGUGCUUGGAGGACGGGCUCGAGUUGUCCUCACUGGUCACGCAGACGCUUCUUGGGUUGACGACUUGGCUACGCAGCGGUCGUCGCAGGGUUACACCUUCAGCCUUGGUUCUGGCUCUGUUUCGUGGCGGUCUACCCACUCGUCUUCUGUUCUCAGCUCCAUUUGUGAGGCUGAGAUCUACGCUGGGGCCAUGGCUGCACAGGAGUUAUGCUGGCUCACCUACCUGCUGACCGACUUGGGAGAGCCGCCUCGUUCUCCUCCAGUUCUGUACGUCGACAACAAGGCCAUGCUGGCCUUGUGUCAGGAGCACAGACUGGAGCACAGAACGAAGCACAUUGCUCUGCGCUACUUUCUUGCUCGAGAGUUGCAGCAGCGUGGUCAGCUUCGUCUUGCUUACGUGGCCACUCGGGCCAACACUGCUGAUAUCUUUACCAAGGCACUUCAGCCUUGUGAUCAUCAGCGUUUUUGUACUCUGUUAGGUCUUGUGCCUACCUGGCCUCACUUGCUCACCUCUUGA